ACAGCCGAAAACGGAAACUAAAAUCCAAAUUCUGAAACAGUCAGAACCGAUUUUUUUGUUUUGAUUCUUUGAUUUGUAAAUUCUCUUUUCUUUUCUGUUAAAUGAUCCGCAAGUCGAACGGGUCGAGCCGCCGGAUCUUCACGUUCCCGGCGGUGCAUCCUUGCGAGUCUAUUUCUCCGUCGACGCUUCUGAACUCGUUAAUUGAUCUCGGCCGGAGUAUUUCCGGUUACAAGUCGAAGUCCUUUGCGACGAAUAAAGUAAACGCGCGGGAAACAUUUCGGCACGUUUCGAAUCUUCUGGUUUUCCUAGAGGAGGUUCAAGACGGAGCGUCGAUUCUUCCGGACGCGGUUGUCCUCAGCUUGUCCGAGCUGCAUUUGACGUUCCAGAGGCUUCGGUAUCUUCUGGAGGAUUGCACUACCGACGGCGCUCGGGUAUGGAUGCUGGUGAGGUCGGAUCAGGUUGCAAGUCUUUUCCGGAUCCUGAUUCGGGCCAUCGCCACGGAUCUGGAUGUUUUCCCACUCGGGUUAGUCCACGUGUCGAGUGAGACCAAGGAUAUGGUGGAUCUCAUCAUCAGGCAAGUCCGGAAAGCAAAAUUUGAAUCCGACCCGGAUGAUAUUCGGGUGUCGAUGGAUCUCAUGUGGGUCCUGAACCGUUUGGAGAACGGUAUUGUCCCCGAUUUGAAUACAAUAAAACAGGUCCUGGAUCAUCUCCGGAUCAGAAAAUGGAGCGACUGCAACAAUGAGGUUAAAUUCUUGGAUUCAGAAAUUGGAAUUGAAUGUUUCGAAGCGGAGAAGAAGAAAGAAUUGGAGCUUCUGAGUAGUUUAAUGGCGUUCAUGAGCUAUUGCAGAGGCUUUGUGUUUGAUUCUGUUGAUUCUGAAGAGAGGAAUCAAAUCAACACCAGUUCGGAAAUACUCAAGGGAAUCAACGUCGACGAUCUCCGGUGCCCGAUUUCUCUCGAGUUGAUGUCUGAUCCGGUGACAUUAUCCACCGGCCACACAUACGAUCGAGGUUCGAUUAUGAAAUGGUUUCGGUCCGGGAAUGCAACUUGCCCAAAGACGGGAGAGAGGCUGACAACGACGAAAUUCGUCCCCAAUCUCGCUAUCAGGGGGAUAAUCCAACAGUAUCGCGUUGAGAAUGGCUGCGUUUUAGCUGAGUCGAGCAGGAAGAGUCGCGAUAUUUCCAAGACGGUUCUCGCCGGAAGUGUCGUUGCCGAGAAUGCUCUGAAGAUUCUGGCUGGUUUUCUCGUUAACAAGCUCGUGUAUGGAAGUCUCCAGGAGAUGAACAAGGCGGCGAUUGAGAUCCGGAUCCUGACCAGAACAAGCAUCUUUAACAGGUCUUGUUUGGUGGAUGCUGGAACAGUGCCGAAUUUACUGAACCUGUUGCUCUCGGAGGCCCAGGAAAACGCCAUUGCUGCUCUGUUAAACAUCUCGAAGCAUUCGAAAAGCAAGGAUAUCAUCGUGGAGAAUGGAGGGCUGGAUUUGAUCGUCCAUGUUCUUAGAAAGGGAAUCAAGAUUGAAUCUCGACAGAAUGCGGCUGCUACUCUGUUUUACAUUGCUUCAAUCCAGGAGUUUAGAAUCCUGAUCGGAGAACACCCCGGUGCUCUACGGGGAUUGUUAGAGCUGGUCAGGAACGGGAAUGAUCGGGCGAAGAAGAAUGCUCUAAUUGCCAUCUUUGGCCUCCUGUCCCAUUCCGGAAACCAUUGGAGAGUUCUGGCGGCUGGAGCUGUACCUCUACUUUUGAAUCUUUUAAAAGAUUCCGAUCGGGAGGAUCAUAUAACAGAUUCUCUCGCUAUUCUAUCAACUCUGGCAGAGAACCUCGACGGAGCCGUCGCAAUUCUCCGCCACGGAGCUCUGCAACAAAUACUGGGGCUUUUAGAAACCUCCACUUCAAGGGAAGCUAAAGAACAUUGCGUGUCCCUGUUGCUGGCUCUCUGCAUUAACGGGGGUCUAGAUACCGUCGGUCGUCUGUUGAAGAGCCCUUCUCUGAUGGGCCCUCUGUAUUCCCAGCUCAGCGAUGGCACCUCCCGAGCCAGAAAAAAGGCAGGUGCUCUCAUCAGGGUCCUGCAUGAGUUCUGCGAGAGGAGGUCCUCAACUUCAGCAACAUCUGUUCCUCCACAGGAACGGUUCGUUCAUGUGUGGUAAUCAAAACCCAAUUUUUUUACCGGUGUUUUCUUAUUUUCUCUAUAAAUUCGACCAAGUGUCCAUGUUUAAUUUGAUAUCUCUAGUGUGAUGUUAGCUCGGUUUUUUGAAGAGCUAAUAGUCCACUCUAUUACUGCAUUUUUUUAGGAAGCAGAGUGUGAAUAAGAAAAAUAGAGAAAAAAGAGUGUCAUUGUAUUAUAAAUUUUACAAUACGGUUGAAACUUCUACAAUUUGCUCACUUUGUUAAUAAUACCACUGUUCUUUUCACCUAUUUUCGCUCAAAAUCUUGAUGCUGUU